GCUGCCACCCGAAGGGACCCCCAACUGACACACAAAUGCUAAGGUGUCUUUUUUAGCGACACAUGAGGACAUAUUCUCUGUUUUUGGGGGCGUUUCCCACGUGAGGCGGAUGGCGAGGAGUGUCCUUUUUGUAGGGAGUAAUAUGGAUGAGCAAGCCAAGAGAAGCGGCUGAGGAUUUUUCUUUAACGUUUUUUUGGGUGAAACAGUUUGGCGACCGUCAGAGGGCUGGUGGAGCUUACUUUGCGACGACGAUCGAAGGGGCAACAAGCAUGACUUUACAGUAGCGGACCCAACUGAGAACAACCCACCCUGCAUGCAUCUGCCUCUUUUCUUCUCACUCGGUGAUAUCAUUUUCAGUUGAAGAACGUGUCUCUAUUUUUUUUUCGGGCAAAGAUGGCUCACCUAAUACGACACAAGCUCUCCAACAAGCUGACCAACGCGGCCCACACGGUCUCCAACAAAUCUCAGGCCAAGGUCAGCGGGGUGUUCGCCCGACUGGGCUUCCAGGCCGCGACGGAUGAAGAGGGAGUGGGCUUCGCCGAGUGCGACGACUUGGACUACGACUACAGGCAUGGGAUGCAAAUGGAUGUCCUUCAGGGAGAAGAGGAAGGGGGACAGCUGGAGGGAGAGGGGGAGCUGGACGGAGACAGUCACUACCAGAGGGAUGGCACCGGCCGUAUGCCCUCGUCCCUAAAGACGGGCGGCUCGCUGGAUGAGGAUAAACCACAAAUCACGACGUGGGAAGCGGGCUGGAACGUCACCAAUGCCAUUCAGGGCAUGUUCGUCCUCGGCCUGCCUUACGCCAUCCUCCACGGUGGCUACCUCGGUCUCUUCCUCAUUAUCUUCGCGGCCGUGGUGUGCUGCUACACCGGGAAAAUCCUCAUCGCGUGUCUGUACGAGGACAACGAGGACGGCAUAAAAGUGCGCGUUCGGGACUCCUACGUCGACAUCGCCAACGCCUGCUGCGCGCCCCGCUUCCCGGCGCUGGGCGGCCACGUGGUGAACGUGGCCCAGAUCAUAGAGCUGGUCAUGACCUGCAUUCUGUACGUUGUGGUCAGCGGCAAUUUGAUGGUCAACAGCUUCCCGGGAUUCCCGAUCUCCCAGAAGGCUUGGUCUGUGCUGGCCACGGUCGCGCUCCUCCCCUGCGCCUUCCUGAAGAACCUCAAGGCCGUGUCCAAGUUCAGCUUGCUCUGCACUGUGGCGCACUUCAUCAUCAACAUCCUGGUGAUCGCCUACUGCCUCUCCCGGGCGCGCGACUGGGCCUGGGACAAGGUCAAGUUUUAUAUCGACGUGAAGAAAUUCCCCAUUUCGAUUGGCAUCAUAGUGUUCAGCUACACCUCCCAAAUCUUCCUCCCCUCCCUGGAGGGGAACAUGCAGAAGCCCAGCGAGUUCCACUGCAUGAUGGAGUGGACUCACAUCGCAGCCUGCGUCCUCAAGGGCCUCUUCGCCCUGGUGGCCUACUUGACUUGGGCAGACGCCACCAAAGAGGUGAUCACAGAUAACCUGCCUUCAACCAUCCGGGCCGUGGUGAACCUCUUCCUCGUUUCCAAGGCGCUGUUAUCUUACCCGCUGCCGUUCUUUGCUGCAGUCGAGGUUCUGGAGAAAUCCUUUUUCCAGGAUGGCGGCAGAGCCAUCUUCCCUGACUGCUACGGGCCGACCGGGCAGCUGAAAUCCUGGGGUCUGGGACUUCGAAUUGGCCUGGUCGUCUUCACUUUGCUCAUGGCCGUCUUUGUCCCCCAUUUUGCCCUCCUUAUGGGUUUAACUGGGAGCCUUACCGGCGCUGGGCUGUGCUUCCUCCUGCCGAGCCUCUUCCACCUGAAGCUCCAGUGGCGGAAUCUCCUGUGGCACCACGUGUUCUUCGACGUGGCCAUUUUUGUUAUUGGGGGCAUAUGCGCCAUAUCUGGCUUCAUUCACUCAGUUGAAGGACUCAUAGAGGCGUACAGGUACAAUAUCCCCGACUGAGAGCUUCGGAGACGACCUUUAUUCAACGGUGAUGUGCUAAAAUGCCACUCUGGCAAGUUUUCGCGACGCCAGACCACCAAAACAUCACUUGGCAAAGAAGCUCAUGAGGAUGAUUAUUUGUGUGAAAUGUACAUCUUUUUUUAUUUUGCCUUUGUGAUAAUGUGCAAUAAUAAACUCUUCAAUCAUAGUGUUAAGUAUUCUACUCAUUCCAGAAAAUGUGUUUUGUUGACUGGACAGAGGAAUACAAACCUCCGCAUGAAAUGGGGGAAUAAAUAUGUGGGAAUUAACAAGCCUGUCCAGGUAUCAGUCUACAUGCAAAGUUGUCAAGACUCCAGUGAAAAUGUCUACCAUGGGUCUUACUGUGUAUACGUGUUUAUAUCCGGGGAAUGAAAUAUGUGAAAAACAAUGGAGUGAAUAUGUAAUUAUUGGUUUUUGAGCUGCUCGAUAUAUCAUUAAUCCCAGUGCAGAGAGAAAAUACCAACGCACCCACCGGAUCAGAGGGUGCUCUGUGGAAUACACCACUAAAGAAAUGUACGUAUGUGUAGUUGUUAAAAGAAUUUUAUUUGAGUUUGUUUGCGUUUCUGUGCUUUAUUUUCCAUCUUAUGCCUAUAGUAGUCCUUGUUGGCUCAUUUGUUUUCUUGGUGUUUCGAGUGUCAUUCUGGAUGAAGUGAAUUCAAAGUGCAAGCAAGUGGGUCCUAACUGUGUUAUAUGAAAAAAAAUGUCUGUCUGAUAAUAUUCUCUUCCUAUUGAACUUGUUAAUUGUGAUUUAAUGGAACUAACAUGGUGUGUGAGAAAAAAAGAGUAUUUGUUAAAUUAAGAGAUAAAUAAAUUAAAUAUUUUAUGGCUGGUGA